AUGAAGAUGAUGAGUUUGUGGGGUUUGGGAUUAGCCCUUUUGGUUGUCACAGCAAACCAAGUGCAUGCCAGUGUCUGCCCUGAAGUCAUCAGUGCUCUAUCGCCAUGCCAUGAUUUCUUGGUCGGCAGCGACCAAUCUCCUACAUCUUCAUGUUGUGUAUCAGCACAAAACCUCAACAGUGGCGCUACUGAUCAGCCAAAGCGAACUCAUCUCUGUGAAUGUUUUCAACAACUUAUCUACAUUUUGGGGAUUAAAGUUGAUAAAGCUAAGCAACUUCCUACUCUCUGCAGCAUCCACAACGCCGUUCCUGUUGAUCCUAACGUUGACUGCACCAAAGUUUUAUAG